AUGUCCGAACAUGGCAGCAAUGAAUCGAGACGAUCCUCCUCACAGACCUCCAGUCAGUCCGCCGAUCAGAAGAAGCCCAAGACCGUGCGAGGAGCCCCCAAGCGUCAUGGCUCGAAGCACUCGUCUCAAUCCUUUGAACAAGACGACCCUUCCCUGACCUCCUUUCCCUCCUUCUCCCCAGAGACCGAAACGAAAUCGGCAAGCAUUGCUCAAGAGGUUGUGCCCAAGCCCAUACGGACAAUAUCACAAAAGGCAAGGGAUAGGAAGGCCACUCUUGCAGGCUUGACCAGUGCAUCUCCCUCCCUCAAUAGACAAAAUGCCUUGUUCGACGACUCUCCACGAUCAUCCCUGGAAAUUCCGGGUUCCCUGCAUUUGGCUAGUGAUGAGCACAUCGAAAGACUCAUUGCCAGGACUGGUGCGGUCAAGUUGGUCCGUCAGUAUGCCUCCGACCUUGCUCAAAGGGAUGCGGAAAUUUCGGCUCUACGAAUCCGAGCGGACCACAGGGAGAGGGAAUUGAAGAAGAUCCUGCGCGAAGCCAAUGUCCCGACGGCAGAGGUGGAGAAGAGGCUCCUGAGAUUGGAACAGGGAGACAAUGAUUCAAGUCUCGGGGCGUCAUCAGGUUCUGUGGAUCGAGCAGCUGCGAUGCUAGAUGGCAUGAUGAGCGAAGCAAUGGCAGAUGGCAUUGUGGUCAGCAGUCCCCUGGACAGCGAUUUCCCCACCGGUCAUGUCUCAGAUACUCGGAAUCUGCCAGCAGCCUUGCAAGUCGAGUCGGAAGCGAAUCGCAGCAGGGCUGGGUCGAUGGCAUCGAGCCUGGCCAAGGCAAGCCGAACCCCUAGCAGGGCCAACAGCAGCCUCAGUGACAGUAGCCAGGAUAUGGAGGCCACCUUGCGUCCGCGUAUACCAAGCUCAAACACCCCCAAGUUGUCUGGUCUACAAAGCAUAUUCCAGCCUCCAACACAGUCUUCCAGCUAUUUCAUCGGCGGGAAAACUGUCAGAAAGCCCAAAGCCAGCGACGAAGCCAGUGUCCGCUCUAGUCAGUCUACUCGCUCUUUUGCCUCUUGGACCCAGAUUUUUGGUGGAAAGUCCCAAACCGGUCGAUCGAGGGCAUCGUCGCUGGGACAGCAGAAUGCAGCAGGCGAAACGGAACCGAGUGUAUCGAAACCGCGCACCAAUCCGCCUCUAACCACCACCAAGUCAUCUGCAUCGCUACCUACAACUGGGACGGUCAAGAGUCGGCCGCCAGUAAAGCGGACACCGACUGCCACGCGACUUUCGGCCAGUCCUGGUCAUACGCGAAAAGAAUCAAACGCAAGUAACCUCCCUCCUACUGUCGAGUUAGACUCUAUGAUUGAGAGCUCCCAGCUGCCGCCCACCAUGACAACCCAAAAUGUGGAGAACACUGGACUAUUGACGGACAGAUUCGGCUUCAUCUAUGACCAGAAACGGCGAAAGCGACAGAACCUUCAGGUUCGAGGCCACCGACGAAACAAGUUGAGUGGUACCGAAACCAUAGCUAGCUUUAGAGCCAGUGAAGCUCCGCAUUCUGAAGAACUCUCGAUCGAAAGACCUGUUACACCCAUUUCGGUAGAUGAGGAGGCGCCUAAAAAGUCAUGGCAAGAUUACCUCAAAGUACCCGCGGCCUUGUCCUCAGGAAGGCCAAAAGAAUUGCUUUCACACACGCCCUCUGCUGGAGCUGUGGUUACUGUGAGCACGGUGGACGCAGCAGGCACUACGACGCCACCGCGUCGAAGCAGAGAGACUUCCAUUUCCGUCUCUGCUGCUUCGCAAAAGGCUCUUCCAACCACUAGCAUGGUGAUGGAACCGCAACCCUCGACAGUGACAGCGACUUCUGCGGACUUUACACCGGAUUCCGAGUCCGAAGCCACGACCGACUCCGGUCCAGCAAAAUUGCUUCUGGAGCAGCUGACAGAAUUGCACGAUGCACUUCAAGCCGAGCGGGCGGUCCGGUGGAAUGACUUUCUGCGCAGAGUGAGAGCGGAAAGAGCGAACAACGCAGAUCGCGCGAGCAACACCAACACCCCUGAAGCAGAUCUUCUCAACGGCGAGCUCAUUGGAAUAGCAACCCUUGGGCGCUCCACAAAGACGAAAGCCAAGUACAUGCACUUCAAGUCACUGGUUCUCGCCGGUAUCCCUGUCUCCUUACGGCCAAAGAUUUGGGCCGAGUGUUCUGGUGCAAGUGCUCUGAGAAUUCCUGGCUACUAUGAGGACCUUGUUGCUCGAUCGCAGGAGGGCAUAGACAUCGAUCCGGAUAUUGCUAGUCAAAUCAAGGCGGAUGUUCACCGGACGCUCACAGACAAUGUCUUCUUUCGGCACGGACCUGGCAUUCAGAGGUUGGAAGAGUUGCUAAGGGCCUAUUCCUUGCACAAUCCACGCAUUGGAUACUGUCAAGGUAUGAAUCUCAUCACAGCGUCUUUGCUGCUCAUUUGUGCCACGGCGGAAGAUUGCUUUUGGCUUCUCGUUGCCAUCAUCGACGUCAUCCUCCCAAGCCAAUACUUCAGCUCGACUCUGCUUGUCGCUCGAGCUGAUCAAGUGGUUCUUCGCCAAUAUGUUACCGAAGUCCUGCCAAAACUGAGCGCCAAACUGGAUGAACUGGGUGUCGAGUUGGAGGCGUGCACGUUUCAUUGGUUCUUGUCGCUUUACACGGGCGUGUUAACGGGCGGAGAGGCCCUGUACCGAGUUUGGGACGUCAUUCUGUGCCUCAAUAGUUCCGACGCCCCCCCACACGCAUUGAACCAAUCCAAAACCACACUCACUGUGGACAUUCCUUCCCUUGGCCUGACAAGUGGCCCAUCCACGCCCGUGACCGCGUUGCACGCCCAAGCAGAAACCACAUCCUCGGUGGACAACAAUUCCCCCGAUGAACACGAUGGUACAUCGUCGCCUUUCCUCUUCCAACUGGCCCUCGCCUUGCUCAAGCUCAAUGAAAACGCGAUUCUUGCGCUCGACUCCGCCGCGCAGGUGUAUACGUAUAUCAACCACAACAUGACCAAUCACGCCAUUAGUAUUGAUGCGUUGGUACAGGCGAGUGAGGCGCUGAGGACCAGGAUAGUGAGGAAGGAAAUGUUGGAGAGGCGGAAACAGGCAAUCAAGGAGCUGGGGGCAUGA